ACCGUACUUGUUGUGUUUAUUUAAAAACGAAGAUGGCGAAUGAACUGGACAGAGUACGAAUUUCAGCGGCGGAACUUCGCGCAGAAGCUACAGAUUCCGUGCAAAUGAUCGACGGUUUCAACGAGGAGCAACAGGAACGUAAAAAAACCAAGCAGCAUAAGAGGCGUGAAACAAAACAUCCUGAUCUGCAGCGUUACCAACUAGCGGCUGGGCACGGACGCCAUCAUAAGGACAGCGAAGAAGGAGAAACUAGUCAGAGGGAUUCUAUGGACACCGAAACACAACUGUGCGAUCAGUCAUCGCUGAGUGAGAAAAAUAAAGUAUCUGAAAAUGCUUUAAAUAGACAUGGGUGCACAGACCUGUCAGGUACCAAAAACAGAGAUGAAGACAGAAUGAGAGGUGAUGGCAGUAACAACCUGAACUGUAAACAAGGCAGCCAGUCUCUGGGUAAAAUGGAUUCAAACAGUGAAAAAGAGUCGGGUGAAAAAGACAAAGAACAACAAGAAGCUUCUGGAGCUCCUAAACCUGCAAAGAAAGUCCGCAAGCCUGACAGAGAGUUUUAUCAACCCGGGAGCCGCAGGAACGUGCAAGGGAAGGACUGUGGUGUUGGAAGAGAGCUAAAUAAGCCUUCUACUAAAACACCUGAGCCAGAAUCUCAGUCGAGUUCAGGUGACGGGAACAAUAAAAAAAUAAUGCCCAAACAUGGAGAAAAAGAUAAGAUAAAAUUGUCUGACUCUAAUAAAGAAACUACUGUACAAGGAGGACAAAAUGUGGACCCAUCAGUGGAGAAACUAAGGACCAAAGUAGAAAGACUCAACAUAAAAGAGAAAGGCGAAGUUGGAGGUCCAAGUAACAAUGUUGGAGACAUAGCUUGCACGAGACAAGAAAAAGAAAAGAGUGCUCAAGGUGCAGAAAGCAAAGGUGAGCAAGAAAAGAAGGAGAAGGGUAACCGCCGAAGAAGAGGACGGGAGAAGGAGAAAAAAGAAGGAAAAGAGACAAAUCUGGAAUCCAAAGGAGAAGAUGAAGGAAACCAAAGUAGAAAGAGCAUUCAGCGAAAGGCUGAGAAGGAAAAAGACAGAAGAGCUCCUAAUGCAGAUAGGAGAAAAACUGAAAAACCAGGAGAGUCUCACUACAGCAAAAGAAAUGAUAAUCCCAGAGAAAAUUAUAAAUUAAAGGACAACAACAGCAACUUUAAAGACACAGAAAAAGCUGCUAAAACAGGGAGCCAUUUAGACAGGGUUGUUGAAGACCGCGAUGGACGCAGAUCUAAUUCAAAUGCCACUACACUCAACUCCAAGCGCUAUUCCAAAUCAAAUAUUCGACACUCACGAAACAGAACUUACAGCAGCAGCUCAGCGAGCAGCGUAACCAGCCAAGAUGGUCCCAGGCGACAAAUGGGCAUGGAGAGCACCAAGUGGCCAUGCCUGCCUGGGCAAAAUAUCAGGGUGUCGGUGGAUAAAUGUGAGGGGCACAUGAAGCAUUCUUCCACAGAAUCACUUGAUGGAAGUGAGGUGUGUGACAGAGAAGAUGAAGAUAGGAGGAGGAAGAGGAGAAGUGUUGGGAAGGAACAAAUAAGUGCAGUAAAACAAGGAGAGGAGUGGAAGACAUCAAAGACAAAUAGAAGUGGAAGUCGAGGAAUCCUUAGGGUUUCUUUAGAUAAUCAGUCAUCUAUCACAAAGGACGGCCAGGUACCUCUUGGGAGAGGUCGGGGUAUCUUGGUGCUCCGAGCCCGCACUGAUAUCUCUAACUCACCCGAGGUGGGGCAGAGGCUUUUUUCUGCUGGAACUCAAGGAGGAGCAGCUGGCAGGAACAGAGGAGGCCGAGGAGGAGGAGUAAGACGACUCUGGGACCCCAACAACCCCGAUCAGAAACCUGCUCUUUCUAACGCUCAGUCAUCCCAACAUGCAGCUCUUAAACAGCCACUAUAUCUUCAGACUGGGACUGGAUAUGGGCAACUUCACUUUCUGGACACAGAUGAUGAGCUAGCCAGCAGCCCUCCAGUGCCACAAGGGGAUCACUUUCAGUCCCAGCAGGCUGCUGCUAUGGCAUACUACAAAUUCCAAACCUCUGACAACCCUUACUGCUACCCCAUACCCCCCAGUAACACACAAAAUCCUAAUUCCACCACCGGGCAGCGUUAUCCUUACCCUUAUAAUAUGGGGCCGUACCAAAUGGCUCACCCUAAUGGUAUAUACCCAAGUUCAGGUACAAGUCCCUUCAGUGGGAGUUACAGGGGACCAGGAUAUACCCAACCAGGUAUAGGAGCUGGUUUGACAUUUGAAGAUGAGCUGGGGAGGCUGCUGAAGGCUGCAGAUGCACAUGAACUUCAGCUCAGUAACCUGAUCUCAAGGGACAGAGUGAGCGCUGAAGGCUUGGAUCGCAUGUCCCAGCUCAGAGCUGACCUUUUGGGGACGUAUGAGCGGAUCAUUCUGACAGACAUCCAGUUUUCCGACUCUCAGAACGUGGAUCAGGGUUUAUGGAAGAACGUGUUCUACCAGGUCAUCGAGCACUUCCGGCAGCUUCUCAAAGACCCCACCUGUGACAACACGCAUGAUAUCAGGAACAUGCUGCUCACGCUUCUAGAUGAGGGAGCACUUUUCUUUGAUGCGCUGCUCCAGAAGCUGCAGGCGGUGUACCAGUUCACAUUAGAAGAGUACAUGGAUGGUAUGGCUAUCAGAACUCGUCCAUUACGCAAAACGGUAAAGUAUGCUCUUAUAAGUGCUCAGCGAUGCAUGAUUUGUCAAGGAGAUAUUGCACGGUACCGGGAGCAGGCCACUAAUUCUGCCAACUAUGGCAAGGCUCGCAGCUGGUACCUGAAAGCCCAGCAGAUUGCACCCAAAAACGGACGACCUUACAACCAGCUGGCCUUGUUGGCACUUUAUACAAAGCGAAAGUUAGAUGCUGUGUAUUAUUACAUGCGCAGUUUGGCAGCCUCCAACCCCAUUCUGACAGCAAAGGAAAGCCUGAUGAGUCUGUUUGAGGAAGCUAAGCGCAAGGCAGAGCAGUUAGAUCGAAGGAGAAGUCAGGAGCAUGAAGGAGGUUCCCAGGGUCCAGCAGUAAAAGGGAGAAGAAAAUGGGAUGACGGAGCACGUGUGGAGAUUUGGAUCCGUCCUGGCGCCCAAACAAUGACCCCCUCCUCGCAGAGAGGGGGCAGCGAGUCCAGCCGAGACUCAGAACAGGACGGAGAGCUGGGCAGUCUUAGUGCUACUGAGCUAAAUAAGAGAUUCAUUUUGAGUUUCCUGUGUGCGCAUGGAAAGCUCUUCACCAAAGUGGGAAUGGAGUCGUUCCCUGGAGCAGCGAGCCGGGUUUUACAGGAGUUCAGGACUCUUCUUCAUCUUGGCCCUUCGCUACUCGGGUUUACAAACCUGCUGCAGAUCAUCACCAUCAACAUGUUUGCCAUAUACAAUGCCCAUAGUAGAGGUGAAGAAGGAGAUAUCCGGUCCGUUUUAUUAGAACAGAGCACAGCUCUUGGCCUCAGUAUGUUUGCUCUGCUGGUGCAGCGAUGCACAGAGCUUCUCAAAGAAACUCCUACAGAAGCAGUCCCUAUGGCAGAUGGAGAAGAGGAGGGGCAAACUGAAGAUCCGCAGGGUAUGGUCAGAGUUUCUGCGUUCCCACUGGACCUGAGAGAACUGCUGCCCAGCAUCAAAGUCUGGUCAGACUGGAUGUUAGGACAUCCAGAAGAGUGGAACCCACCACCAUGCAGUUUAGAGGGCAGUCCUGAUGUUUGGCAGUGUCUUGCUGACCUGUGUAAUGCACUGGCACGUGUGGACCAUGAGGAGAUGCCGCUGUACAAAGUGGAUACUGAUGAAGGCGAGGGAGACGAGGAGCUGACUGUGCUUCAGUUGAAGGAAGACAAACUGCUUGCUGGCUUUGUACCACUGUUGGCUGCACCACAGGAGCCAUGUUACAUAGACAAACACACUGAUAUGGCCAUAGCAGCAGAUUGCAAGAGAGUGACAGUACUGAAGUACUUUCUGGAGGCUCUGUGUGGACAAGAAGAGCCUCUGCUGGCCUUUAAGGGAGGCAAGUACAUAUCUGUGGCAAGUGCUCCCUCACCUAACCACUCAGAAGAUACGAGGAGCAGACAGGAUUUAAAGGAGAAAGAGUCUGAUGAUGUCAUACUUGAGGCCGAGUCGUCUCUUUCUGCAUCAGAAGAAGAGGAUUUUGAGGAGGCAGGAGACAGUGAGAAUGGCAUCAAGGAGCUAAAGGCACGGCGCCACGCCCUCGCUAACAAACUGGCGCAGCAGCAGAAGCGCAGGGACAAAAUACAGGCGGUACUGCAAACUGGUGGCCAGUUAGAACUGGAAGUUAGGCCCCUGUUUUUGGUCCCAGAUACCAAUGGCUUCAUUGAUCACUUGGACGGGCUGAAGAAGCUCCUUCAGUGUGGAACCUACAUAAUAGUUGUGCCUCUCAUCGUGAUUACAGAGUUGGAUGGUUUGGCUAAAGGUCAAGAAUCUUUCAGUGGGCCAGUGGGGGCGGGAGGAAGAAGCGCUAGCAGUCGAGGCAACUAUAAUGUCAGGGCGGCCCACGUGCGGGCCGUGCAGGAACAGGCUCGCUCGGCAGUGGCUUUCUUGGAAAAAGGCUUUGAAGCCAGGGAACCAUGCCUCAGAGUCCUGACAAGCCGAGGGAAUCAGCUUGAGUCAAUCGCCUUCCGCAGUGAGGACACCUCUGGACAACAAGGUAACAAUGAUGAUGUGAUUUUGUCCUGCUGUCUCCACUACUGCAAAGACAAAGCAAAGGAUUUCAUGCCUCCUCAGAGAACAGAUGGAACAGUGAGACUCCAGAGAGAGGUGGUCCUCCUUACAGAUGAUCGCAACCUGUGUGUCAAGGCUUUGACCCACAACGUCCCCGUGAGAGACAUCCCAUCUUUCCUCAGCUGGGCUAAAGUGGGCUGAACCAGAAUCAAGUUGAAACCAUAGGAACCUAGCUGAUAAAGCCUGCUUGUCACUCAGGAGAGAAGACACACUCAAAGCAGAGGAGGAGGAGGAAGAAGAGGAGGAGGAGAUGAGUGGGGAGAAGAAAUAAUGAGAAAGCAAAGAACCACUUCUUUUGGAAUACAAGCAAAUAAAGAGCAGAGUGGUGUUGAUGAGCUAAUUUCCCCAUGUGAGGAAGUGUGUGCGUGUAUGUAUGUGUUAGGAUUAUCGAACUUCCCUCAUUAAGAGAGAAAGACUUAAUAAGUCUCUGAUAGGUUAAAAGAGAAAGGCAAGAGGUAAAACAGAAUGAUUCAAUAUGUAGGUGGCUGUGCGCAGCCAAGACCUCUGCAAGCAGGAGUCAGAUUUAAAGCAGAUGAUGGAAUAAAAGCAGAGAGGGGAACUGUCUGUGAUCAUUUGUUUGAUUAAAGACAGCAGUAAUGAAUAUUAUAUACACGGCCUGCCUCUAAAAGCCUUGGCUUGAACUGAUGAGCUUCUACAGCAGAGCUGGGAGGGCGUAGGUAGAGCUACAGCUGGAAGGUGUGGAUUAGGAGAGUAUAAAGGGCUGACUGUUGCUUGGGCUUAAUCAUGAGCCCAAUGUCCAAAUGCAGCACCCAGACAGAAUCAUAUGAAGACAUCGUGUUGCCUGCUUACCCAGGAAAUACUUUAUUCUUCUUUGGCAGCUUUCUCCAGCUUGAUGCUAAUAAUAAACUUUUGUUCUGAAAGAAAGUUAUUGAGUCUGGAACAAAAACAUUUCCUUUGUUUCUCUCAUUCUUUAUCUUGUGUAUAUUAUAUUUACAUAUUUUUUUGACUUGAUAAUAAGCAUCUGCAAAGUUAUUUUAUUAUUCUUUUUGAUAUAUUUGCAAAAACAUAGCUGUUAUUUUUUUCACCCAUGUAACAGGUGAAUUUAGUUGCCUGGUUGUGUUCGGGGUUUUUAUUUUUUUUACAUCUACUUAGCGAUCUGUUCAUUUCAUGAUAUUUUUCUUUUAACUAACACAUCCUAAUUAGAAUUAAGACUGAUUGCGUUCUGUUUUAUGUAUUAUUUUUUCCUUUGUUAAAGUUGAAAUACAUAUGCUAUAUCAUGCGGUACAUUUGUAGAAAUACACCAAUAAGUAGACUAGAAAUUGGACAGACAAUAUUUUUUCUUGGAUCGGCUGUGAUCAAUAAUCAGCCGCUCCGCUACUAAAAAAAGACAUGGUUUGUUUUUCUUUCCAUGAAAUGCAUCAAAACUAAGACCUUCCAUUUUCAGUAUAUAAGCAUGGCAAUCAACAGUUGCAUUGUUUUUAAGACCCACAGUCCAUAAUGUUUUAAUGGGUAUCUGCUCCACCACACGUGAUUCAAGAUUGCUUUGUAUCCUGCAUGCCAUCAAGUGCUGGAUAGUCUGUUAAUCACCCACUUAUCUAAGUCAGGUUUGUGGCAGAAGGGAAGAGUUUCUCAGUGAGCCCUGAGAAACCCUACUUUAAUGCAUGCAUUGGGAUAAUCCUGGUCUUCUAUUGGUAUCAAAGCAACUACUUCUAUGAAAGAACCAGUAGCACAUUUUCUUUUGCGUGUUAUACUCAUGGUAAAAAAAUAAGCUGAUCAGCAAAUUGUUCAGAAAAGGCCUGACAUUUGCAUCCCUAAAAAUGUUGUCAUUGUGGGGAAAAAACAUAGGAGAUUUUGCUUGUUAAUUAUUGCUUUUUGAGGCGGACUAUAUGUAAUUCUAAGAUGCUUUAGUCUGUGUGUGUUUCCAUCGUGAGUCUUUGACUUUCUGGAUGCAUUUAGUAACAUCAGUGCAUGAGUCAUCCUUAGUUUUCUUUGCCAUGUCCAAUUCUCACUCCCUUUUUAAAGGUUACUGGCAUGUAAUUGAAACUAUGAUGUACUGGAACUUUUUCAGCUGAAUUUGUGAAACCUCGAUCAGUGGCUCAUGUGUUUUUCCCUAUGUGAACCAUCAAGAAAGCUGUUUUUGUUGCCAUCUGUUGUGUUUGUGGUUCUGUGGCAGGUUUAGCGUUAAGCAAAUGUACAAAGCAGCUAAACUGAACUUUCUAUAUCAAUAAAACUGGUUGAAAUCUA